AUGGAAAAGAGAGCAGAGAUGAUACGCGAUCUCGUUCUAUCAUCCCAACCCCCACGAACUGCCGACUCGCACACAAAACAACCAAGAUCACCUCCGACUGCCUCUGAUGAUCACUCUCCAUCGAAGAAAAAGAGAAAAAUUGAACAAACCACCAACACACCCAAUGUUACCGCCUCAAUGGCUCGAGUCCCAGCAUACGUGAUGACUUACCAUCAAUCGCUGCACCUCUUGAGUUCCCAGAGAGCUGCAUUGGAUAUGUCUUCGCAGCUGAUUAUGGACUUGCUCGAGACUGCCAUUGAUUAUAGGGAUCAGAAGGAAGAACUAUCUGAGAGAUGCCGUGAAAUCGCGUGGAAGCAGUACGAUGCUCAGGAGAGAAGCGAGCAAAGUAUGAAAAAGAAGGUGCGAGGGCUAGAGGAAGAGUUGAAGACGGAGAAACUCAUGUCGACGGCUUUUAUGUUUGUUGCGGUCGUUGCGCUUGUUCUGAUGCUGUGGUCGUAUAACUCGAGUUCGAUGGUUGUUAGAUGCGGUUAG